AUGGACAAAGGUGAAUGCUGUGGCGCUGUCUUUAUCGACCUGAAGAAAGCAUUCGACACGGUGGAUCAUGGUCGUCUACUGUCCAAAUUAUCUCACUACGGUAUUAAAGAUAAAGAACUAACAUGGUUUGAGAACUAUUUAUUUGGAAGGCGUCAACGUGUAAUCUACGAUGGCACACAAUCUGACAGCCAACCUAUCGUUUGUGGUGUGCCACAGGGUUGCAUCUUAGGACCUAUGCUGUUCAUCUUAUUGAUUAAUGACAUAGAUCACCAAUUGAAUAUAGCUGUAAAAUUCUACUAUAUGCUGACGACACAGUGGUUUUCACAUCCAGUGAAAAUCAAGAAACCAUUAAAGGAAAUUUAA